AUGGAUAUCGAUUUAGAUAAACGAACCAAAGUCUCCAGAGCUUGUGAUUAUUGUAAAAAGAGAAAGUUCAAGUGUUCAGGAGUAUCACCUUGUGAGCUAUGCACGAAAAAGGGGAUCCAGUGUGAGUUUAGUAUUGUUGAUAGACGUACAAUCCGCCGCAAGAAUAAGAAACGAACAAUACGAAAUAAACCCGCAACUGCAACAAGUUCAACUGGCAGCAAAAUCAAAAAGGAUGAGAAUCAAAUUGAUAAAAGGACAUUGAAGAUGUUGACUAGAAAUUCAAAGGUUCCAGUUCAACUUCAACCGUUGCUAUCCUUCCCAUUACACAAAUUAGACAAUAAACAAAAUGAAGAUGAGGAACAAGCACUACAAAACCCACCAACUACCGAUAUCAAUUCAGGUAAUGAAGAUACACUACAUAAUGCAAGAAAAGAUGAUCACAGAAAAAACAUUAAGGAAACCCAUUCAAAACCCGAAAACAAUGAAAGAGAUCCUCCUAAAGUUUUAUAUGAUUCUGAAGGUAAUUUGAGAUAUGUUGGGGAAAGUUCACCAUUGUCUUUUCUUUUUGAAUGCCGAAACAUAUUUUUGGAUAGAAUAGGGGAAUCAACUUUUACAUCAGAGAGUGAUUUGUUGGAAGUUAUUGACGAACCUGACGAAUCAACUGAGAUAGUUCAAGUUGCAUUACCGAAUCGACAAUUACUAAACGAGAUUGUUAGAAUAUUCUAUAAGAACAUACAACAAGCUACAUACUUUGUUAAUGUCGAAUAUUUUAAAGAGAAUAGCAUUGAUCCUGUCUACGAGAACUAUAGCGGGUGUGAUGCAGAAAAGAUUGCUCUAGUAAACUUGGUAAUUGCCAUAGGACUACUAUAUGCCGAAGGAACCAACGAUCCAGUUUUGAGCCAAUUACAGUCGCCAACAAUGAGAUCAUCAGCCUAUUUUGAAUUUGGGUUUUAUUUGACAAAAAUGAAUAUGAAUAAAGGAAAAUUAUGGCUAACAGAAGCAUUUUCUCUAGCAUUUUGUUACUACCAGGCAAAACAACAAAGAAAUACUGCUUGGUUGAUGUUGGGGAUGGCAAUUCGAAAUGCACAAGCAUUAGGUUUACACCGGAAGUUUAUCAACGAAUCUUUUAAAGAUCGCUCGUAUAUUGUUCAUCGCAGAAGACUAUUUAAGACAUUAUACAUUUUGGAUCGUAUCACGUCGAUACUAUUGGGUCGUCCAUUAAUAAUUGAUGAUUAUGACUGGGAUGAUUUUGACAGUGAAGAUGUUUACGACAGAGAUUUAGAAGGCAAUCCAAUAAAGGAUACGCGAUUUGAAUGCAUGAUACAAGCAUGCAAAAUAUCUAAAUUAUUAGGGAAAGUUGUUAGGAAUUAUUAUUCGGAUGGAAUAAUUAAUCCUUAUAAGGCUGAAAAAUUGGCCAUAGAACUAAAAUUAUGGUCACUUAGUCUUCCAGAACCACUUCAAAUUGAUAAGAUUUUUAACUCAAACAACCCUCCAAACAAAACUAUAGAGCCAUGGAUUGAUCAUAAAGUGACUCUAUUGCUUUUGCAUUUGUCACAAUUAUAUGCAAUUGUAUUGCUUUCUCGACCAUUCUUCAUGUACCUUAUAUUUGACAAGAAAAAGAAACGGAACAUUUUGAAGAGACCAAAAACAAGACCAGAAGUAGCAAUGUACAAUUUUUGCAAGGCUACUGCAAAAUCUUCGGCAUUGAUAAUACAGCUUGUGGAAAAUUAUAUCAAUACUAUACGUAUUACUAGUGGAAGAGCUGAGCUGCAUGGACUAACACACACAUGUUUUAUGGCAACAUUGAUUAUUGGCUUAUCACUCUUGUACCUUGAAGAUAAUGGAUAUACUUUGGAGGAUGGGUAUUCAUCUUGUAAGCAAAUGAGCUAUUUGAAUUCAGCGAAAAAGAUUUUUGAAUACUACAGCCAAACAAAUCCAAUAUCGUCCAGAUUUUAUAACAUUGUUGAGCAAAUGCAACUAGCAUUAAUGAAUAAAUUCAAUCUUGAUAUGGACGGUAAUAGAACAAAUGUGAGGAAACAGCCGCAACGGAAACAUGAGAACGAUAUCAAUGCAACCACUACAAGAGAAGCAUCUAUUCCUAGCGAAAAUUUUGGUGGUGGUGCCACAGAUAUUCCAUUCAAUGAAGAUUAUGACAAUUUUAUUGACAAUUUUGGCAACUUGUUACCAACUACCACUAACCAGCAACAUUCUACGAAUAAUAACAUGCCUUUCUUUAUGACGGCGCAACCAUAUCAGAGCAUUCGCAAUACGUAUUCAGAUAUCCCGGAAGAUCUUGGGAAUUACCAGCAACAGUUUCCACAAUUACCGCAUCACACACAGCAGAACCAACAACUAUCCCAAUUUCUGCCCACUCCGGACUCCAACAAUCUAUAUUCUAAUCACGAUCACAUCUCUUUGGGGUCCAAAAAUCAAUCUGAAUCUUUAGAUGCUUUUAUGUAUAGUGUUGGAUUGAACGAUAUAUUAUAUAACACCAAAUAG